CCCAGCAGUAGGAGGGUGCAAACCAAUAUGGACAUCCCUUUGUGCUUUGCCUCCUUGCUCUCUGGCUUCACAUUCCUACUGCUAAUUCCUGGAGAUUCUUGUGUGGAUAUCAUUGGGGGUGAUGAAGUAUUUCCUCAUUCAAGACCCUAUAUGGUCUUAAUCCAUACUGGAAGAGACCUAUGUGGAGGAGCUCUCAUCACAGAAAAUUGGGUGGUAACUGCCGCUCAUUGCAAUACAAAAGCAUCAUCUAAGGUCAUUCUUGGAGCUCACUCAAGCAAAAAAAAAGAGCCAGAACAACAGAUUAUGACGAUCAAGCAACACAUUCCCUACCCGUGCUACGUCCCGAGCACCAAAUCAGGGGAUCUUAAACUUCUUCAGCUGACUAAGAAAGCGAAGAUUACAAAAGCAGUACAAACAUUGAAGCUGCCCCAAAAUGCAGACGAUGUCAAACCGGGUACCAGUUGCAAAGUUGCAGGAUGGGGACAAACAAACAAUAGAGACAAGAAGCUUCCAGAGGCUCUGAGAGAAGUCAAUGUCACUGUUAUUGACAGAAAAACCUGCAAUGACCAAAAACAUUACAAUUUUAAUCCCAUUAUUGGACUGAACAUGAUUUGUGCUGGAAAUCUCAAAGGAGGGAAGGACUCUUGUUACGGGGAUUCUGGUGGUCCUUUGAUAUGCAAAGGCAAUUUUGUGGGAAUCACUUCCUUUGGUCUUCCUGGAAAAUGUGGGGUUCCCCAAGGCCCUGGCGUCUACACUCGUCUUUCAAAGGAACACCUCAACUGGAUAAAAAAUACCAUCAAAGGAGUGGUGUAGAUUGCUUUGACUUAGUCCCUGCGAUUCCUUCAAGCUUCCUUCAACAAUAGAGACCCAAGAAUAAGUAAAUUUAAGCCAGGUCUCCACUGGCUAAGAAAAGCUAACAAUGGAGGGUAAUUCAGAUUAAAA